UGGGGGGGGCGGUGAUGGCGGAACCGGGAACGGAGCGAUGCCCGCACUGCCACAGGGCCUUCAAGCGGCUCCGCGCCCACCUCCCGCACUGCAAGGCCGCCCCGCGGAAAGGACCGGAAUCGGGAACGGCAACGGGAUCGGAAACGAGCCUCCGCACGGGCCCCGGCAGCGCACCGGGAUCGACACCGGCACCAGCACCUGGAUCGGCAUCGGGACCGGGAGAGAGGCUCCGCCCGGCCCCCACCGCUGCUCCGGGGUCAGCACCGAGUCCAGGUCCCCGCCCGUCCCCCACCAGCUCUUCAGAAUCGGGAUCGGGACCGGGAGCGAAAAGGAAGACGAACCCGGCCCCUGCCACCGCUCCGGGGUCAGCACCGAGCCCGAGUCCCCUCCCGACCCCCACCAGCACUUCGGGAUCGGGAUCGGCACCAGGAGCAGGAUCGGCACCGGGAGCGGGAGCGAAAAGGAAAACGAGCCCGGCCCCCGCCACCACUCCGGGGUCAGCACCGAGCCCGAGUCCCCUCCCGGCCCCCGGUACCGACCCCGGGCCGGGUCUCGGCGCCCCCAGGACCGGCCGGGAUGUGGAGCCCGCGGUGCAGGACGUGGCCAGAGCCCUGGAUCUGCUCCCCGAAGAGGUGGAGGAUGUUCCCCAGAGGCUGGAGAAUGGAGUGAAGGUGGUGAUCGAGAAGCACCGCGCCAGGGUGGUCAGGGAGAAGAAGCCCAGGAGCGGGGCAGGAGCAGCAGGAGGGACGGAUCCCGGCCGUGCUGCCCACCCACAGCGGGGCAAAACCGCUCCAAAAUCCACACACGCAGAGACUCAGAGCCUGGGGGCUGUGAAGGGCGUGCCCGGGAGCAAAAAGGGAGGAAAAAGCAGCUUAAAGGCAACAAAAGUACUUGAAGAACCCCCCAAGGGCAGAAAUAGCCCCAGUGACCUCGUUCAGCAGGAGAGAACAGACAAAUCCGUGGCAGGAGAGGAGCAGGUGCACCGGGAAGUUGGUGUGGGAUAUAAAGCCCCUGAGUCUGCUUUGCAUCCCAAGAACCUCCAUCUGUCAGUGACGGAGGGUUUGGGAGGUCACAGUGAAGGGCCAUCCAAGAAUGAGCUCAGCAGCCUGGAGAGGCUCAGGGACAGCAGGGAGCAGAUGGUUGGAGUGUCCGAGCCCGUCCUGGGCACAGGGAGAGACCCGGGGCUGGCCCUGCACCAGUCCUGGCUCCACUCCCCCAAAUUCCAGCCCACCUGUUCAUCCCAGGCCUCUGGCAGGAGCACCUGGGCAGGAGCCACAGGCUUGGAGUGGUUUCCAGACUUGUAUCCUGAGCGUGAGGGGCUGAGAAUCUUUCCAGGGAAGCAUUUCCAAGAAGAUGUGGGGAUCACAGUGAAGACACCAAGGGGCAGUUUCUCAGAGGGACAUCGAGGUCCCCUCUCGGAGAGGCCCCUGCUGGAGGUGAGGUUGGGGGAGCUGCACUCCUGGAUCAGCACCUGCGACUUCUCUCCCCAGGGGCUGCUUGGAGCAGUGCAGAAAGCCUGGAACAGUUAUUAUGCCAAAUACAUCAACGUGAAGAGGGGGGGACACACUGGGAUCUCCAUGCUCCUGACUGGGUACUGCCUGCUCAGCUACAGCUGGAACUACCAGCACUUCAAGCGUCACCGCUGGCGUAAAUACCACUGAAGGAGCUGGAGCAGCACCCACAGGACGGUCACAGCUCCUUGGGAGGCAGCAGAAGUGCUCACAGCCAGUGUCCCAGCAGGGAUUCCCAGCACAGAGGCCUGUUUGCUGUCAGGACAGGGGCUGGAAGGUGGGGGGCUGCUUGGCAGGGGCCGUCGUGCAGCAGAGGGGUGACAGUGACAGCCCGUGGUCACCCCUCUGUGGGUCAGGGAGCUUUCAGUAGAGAAAUAAGGAAGCAUUAGAGCUACCCCUGAGAGAUCUGUGGGUGCAGUAGAGCUCUUGGAGUCUGCAGAAUCCCAAAUCCCUCGCUUUGGCACAGCAGACACAGGACAGGCUCCUGCCCUGAGCUGUUAUUAGAGAUUAAUUGACAUUAUGCUGUAGCUGAGUGUUAGCACUGAGGUUUGUGGCGGGGUGGGCUUCAAUCCCAGUAACAAUUCCCUUUAAAUUCACCCAGCAAAGCCCAGUUUAUACUCACCCCCUGUACUGGUGGGACUGGUCAGAACCUUUGUGAAGGCACUAAAGCAGCAGCUCAGACCACGGUGCCCUAUUUCUGGAGGAGAAAAAUCCAUUGGAGGAGCUGUUGUGCCCAAAGGGCAAACCCGUGUCUGCAUCAGACAGACGAGGAGUCAGGAGUGCUAGUUGGAGCCUGCCAUUCCCAAACAUGUCUGGGAAAGGGUUGGUCAUGUUACAGGCAUGAAAAAUAAAGCCAAGAAUUAAAAAUCUGAGCUCUUUAUUCAGCGAGGUGCAGUAGUGCUGUGUUGGAGGUGGUUCACGAGAAAUUCUCUCACCAGCAAUAAAAACCUUUGUGGAUUUUC